UUUUGUUUACGAGUCGUGCGGCGCGAGGCUUCUCACUGUUCCAGCAAAAUGUACGACGUUUGUCACCCCAGUUACUAUAAGAUUUGUGAGCUGGGCUGCAAGGACGACGUGAAAAUCACAACAGCAUUCCACGUUUACAUUGAACUGUGCGAGGACCGAAAACUUUGGGACGUCGAGUAUAAGUAUGAGCCAUCACUAGACUUAGUUUACCUUGAGGCGAAGAAAACUAAAGAUUCAGAGCCGGAGAUUUACGUACCAUGGGCUGCUAAAUAUGCCAUAAAGAUUGAGGACAUGGAGAACAUCCAGAAAACAUUGGAUAUUGAACGCUUCACCCUAGUUUCAAAAGGCGGCGAUGGCACGAGUAUGUUCCACACAAUAAACUCAGGAUUAACAAAGCCCCUGGCACCACAAGAACACAACGAAAUUCGAUUAUUAUGCAGAAAGAGGACAGAAUUGAGUCGAGAAUUGCGUAAAAAUAGCAGGAACUUGUACGACAUGGCUAAACUCAAAGCGGAGGAGCCACAGGAUCAAGCAGAAAUUGAUUAAAAACUCCUAAUCGACAAAAUAAUAUUGAAAUUCCAACUCAAUUCAACUUAUUCUAUAAAUAGCAUAGAAUGGAACACUAAGAUUCCCCCCAAAAAACGAAGAUAUUGCACAACUAUGCAACAAUAAAACUCAACACCAAAGUUUUCAUCACUACUAUUACUAUUUUGAUAUUGUUUCAUCUCAUUUCAUCUUACAAAUUUUCAUUACAAUUAAUUACUUCAAAAAAAAUGUUAUCUUACAAUCUGUUAGUAUUUACUCUCAUAUAUUCAUUAUGAUUUACAGCACGUGUGUAUACCUACGUAUAAUUGUUAAUUAAAAUAGUAUACAAUCGAUAAAUGGACAGAAUUAACGAAUAAAUCAGUUCGUUAAAGACCAAAACGAAUGAGAGAAAAAUUAUCAAUGAUAACACGAAGACUCAUCGAUUGAUUUCCGUGAGGUAGACGAUGACUGGGCGCAUUAGGCGAUUUAUAAAAAACUGCUACCUUCAUUCACACUGACGAGUAAAGUUUUAUAUCAAAGUUAAAAAAUAUAUUGUGACAAAAUUACCCUGAUUGUUAUUUCUGAUACUAUCGCCGUUGCUGUACGCCACCGAUAGAUAGACCUCACGAAUUUCCAGAUAAACAGUUCCAAUGAUUCAUUCAAAAUAGGCCGGACAUCCGGUUUCUCAUUGUUCAGACACGAAAAAAAAGAGUAGCUACGUAACCACACGUCUGAGGUCAAUGGAAAUCCAGAGCGUGCCUAGGAAAAAAUUCACAUAUGCUACAAAAAACCGUUCAAAAAGACACUCUAGUUUCCUUCAUUUGUGUAAAGCUGCUAAGGCCACUUGGAGCAUAAUACGAUUACACGAGAGAAAAAGAGAAAUUUAAAAUAAGCGAAUCCUCACAAUUUCAUAUUAACCUCAUUUAGCACCGAAUCCCGAUGCAUUAAGUCACAAUGUACAAAACCAAAUUUCACUCCUGAAACGUACGCAAAUUACCAAAAAAGCCUAGAUUGAAUUUAAUUUAAUUUAAGGCAACUUAAUUAUCUCUCAUUUACCAGUUCUUUUAUAUCACAAGUGGUUGUUAUCAUAACAUUUCAUUGGAAAAGAAAAAUCUCAUAAAAAUACCACGUAGUUGCCCUGCGUAAAAAGCAUUAUUCCAUUGAUACUACAAUAAUCGUAUUCUAUAGUAAAUUUCACUCGAAAAAGUUGAUUUGAUUAUGUAUGUUCUUCUCCACGAUUUAUUACAAAUGAAUAAAAAAACGUUUCUAGUGACUGACUUAUAGUGAGUUUGUUCGACGAAGCAAGUGUGAAUACCCAAUUAAUCGAUGAAAUCCUUCGC